CCGGGAGUGAGGCGUGGCCCGGGAGGUUCUAGGCAAAGCAGAGGCAAGGUGGGCAAAGGGUAGCAGGGGCUGUGCUGAAGUGCGGGGGCGAGGACAGGCAGGGACAGUAGACUUCUCUGGCCUCAGAAGAACAAGUGGACGUCCUGGGCCAGCUCGCGGCGAUGGGCUCCCUGGCGGCCGCCCUCUGGGCCUUGCUCCAUCCCCAGACUCUCCUCCUGGGCGCAGUCACCUUUCUGCUCUUUGCUGACUUCCUCAAAAGACAGCGGCGAAAGAACUACCCCCCGGGGCCCUGGCGCCUGCCCUUCUUUGGCAACUUCUUCCACCUGGACCUUGAGCAGUCGCAAUUGGCACUUAAGCGGUUGGUGAAGAAAUAUGGGAACCUUAUUGGCCUGGAAUUUGGACCCAUAUCUACAGUUGUUAUUACUGGAUUGCCCCUGAUCAAAGAAGCCCUCGUCCACAUGGACCAGCACUUUAUGAACCGCCCUGUUUUCCCUCUCCAAGAACAUAUCGUUAAGGGAAAUGGAUUGAUCAUGUCCAAUGGCCAGGUGUGGAAGGAGCAAAGAAGGUUCGCCCUGACAGCGCUAAGGAACUUUGGUCUGGGAAAGAAGAGCCUAGAGGAACGCAUUCAGGAGGAGGUCCGCCACCUCACUGAAGCAAUCAAGGAGGAGAACGGACAGCCUUUUGACCCACACUUCAAAAUCAACAAUGCAGUUUCCAAUAUCAUUUGCUCCAUCACCUUUGGGAAGCGAUUUGAGUACCAGGAUGCUCAGUUUCAGGAGUUGCUGGGGUUACUGGAUGAGGUCUCAUAUAUGAGUGGUUCAGUUUCUUGCCAGCUCUACAAUUUCUUUCCAUGGAUAAUGAAAUUCAUUCCUGGAUCCCACCGAACUGUCAUCAAAAACUGGGAAAAACUGAAAUUGUUUGUUUCUCAAAUGAUUGAAAAACACAAGAAAGAUUGGAAUCCUGAUGAAACAAGAGAUUUUAUCGAUGCUUACCUCAAGGAAAUGGCCAAGAAUGCAGAAAAGCCUACUUCAAGUUUCCAUGAAGAUAACCUCAUCAUUAGCACUCUGGACCUCUUCUUUGCUGGAACCGAGACAACUUCUACGACCCUGCGCUGGGCUCUGCUUUACCUGGCCCUCCACCCAGAAAUCCAAGAGAAAGUACACGCUGAGAUUGACACAGUGAUUGGCCAGGAGCAGCAGCCCAGUGUGGCCGCCCGGAACUCCAUGCCCUACACCAAUGCCGUCAUCCACGAGGUGCAGAGGAUGGGCAACAUCGUCCCCCUGAACGUGCCCCGGGAAGUGACAGCCGAUACCACCUUGGCUGGGUACCACCUGCCCAAGGGGACUAUGAUCAUGACCAACUUGACUGCGCUGCACAGGGACCCCACAGAGUGGGCCACCCCGGACGCGUUCAAUCCCGAGCAUUUUCUGGAAAAUGGACAGUUUAAGAAAAGCGAAUCUUUUCUGCCUUUCUCAAUAGGAAAGCGGGCAUGCCUUGGAGAACAGUUGGCCAAGUCAGAGCUGUUCAUUUUCUUCACUUCCCUCAUGCAAAAAUUUACCUUCAGGCCCCCAGAAAAUGAGAAGUUGAGCCUGAAGUGCAGAAUGGGCAUCACCGUCUCCCCAGUCAAGCACCGCCUCUGUGCUGUUCCUCGGGCGUGACGUGGCAGGGAACGGAAGGGGGAAGGAAGGAAGGAAGGAAGGAAGAAGAAGUGGCAUGUGUUCUGAAGACACUGGUCACUGCCCAAAUGAACAUAGACAAAACAAAAGUGACCCUGAGGAAAGAUCAGAGGAAUAAAACUCAGGGGAAACUAUAUCCAAAUCUGAGCUCUGCUUUCUUCUCCAAAUAAGCCUUGGGAAAGUCAUUUAAGUGCUGAACAAUUUACCUUUUCAUCCAGGCGAUGAAAAGAGGAUAAUGAUUCCUUCAGUAAAGAAAGUUCUUGUGAGGUUCUAAGGAAAUAGUGGCCUUUAAGUGAUUUAUAAACCAUAAAGCACAUCACAGAAGUUACAGCAGUAAUGUGCCUCCAUCCUGAUUCCAUUUUUAGACGUGUAUGCUUUAUGCCUGUUGAUAGAUCCAAUCAAAGUGGAGCAAAAUAGUCAAUAGAAUUUAAAAGUGGGCCAUGGGAGCAGCCACAGAGGUGCACCACCCUAAAGGCUGUCUCAUUUGCUCCCAUGGUUUUUAUUUUCUUCAGGUCUCAGAGUGGUUCUCUGAGAAGCUAGCAGGGCAGGUAUUGUUCCCUAUUGACAGAGAAAUCAAGUGUUGUUGAAGCAGUUUCUAUGGAUGACAUAAGGAACCACUAUUUUGGCCUUAGAUCCAGGGCCAAGUAGAGUGUGUCCUCCAUGAACCUGGGAAGCAGGUUUGGGGGACAAAUGUAGAAAUACUUCCCAUCCUUAAAAGUACUCUUUACCUUAAAUCUUCCAUCAGAUAUUGAUUCUCUGUUUCACAUUGGAUUUAACUAUGUGGUAGGUGUGAUCUUUUCUUACAACUAGAUUGCAAGCUUUUGGUGGGUCCUGGGAGAGUACUUUAUAACAGGGAAUCAGAAAUGUCACAUACCUGUUCAACCUCUCUGUGUUUGGCUGCUGAGAGGAGACAAUGCCCAUACAAGAAAAGGCCAGGUAACAGUGAUAUUCCAUGGAGCUUUGACACAAUGCCAAUGCAGAAAAAUGAAAAAAAAAAAAAAAA